CUAACUUUUUUUAGGUUAUGUAAUUUUUAAAUGUUUUUCCAGGGCUUUAAAGAAAUAUGACUAUAACAGACUCAUCUGAACGCGAUAAAACCUCCAACCCCACAAAUUCCCCAGAAGGAGGCGCGCAAUGGGGUUACGAUUUGUAUCCGGAACGAAGAGGUAACAAGCCGAAACUGGGACUUACAGACGUACUAUUCAAAGGGAAAGGUACCGAAUCCAUUGACAAGAUCAAAUGUGAAAGGAACGUCUAUAAAUGCGUGAAGGAAAGUCCGUUAGUUAAGCUGAUGAUGGGCGCGUUGAAGAGCUCGGGUUGCGCGAUCGAUAUACGGAGGCACAUCGCGUGUGAAGAGUGCAGUCCGACUGUAACCGGCGGGUACGAUCCUGUCUUAAAUCAAAUUGUAGUUUGUCAGAAUAUGGCACGAAGAAAAGGACUCAUACAAGGAGUGCUCACACACGAAAUGAUUCACAUGUUUGACUAUUGCACGAACAAUUUAGAUUUUAAAAACAUUGAUCAUUUGGCAUGCACCGAAAUACGUGCAGCUAAUCUAACUCACUGUAGCUUUUUAUCUGCUUGGUACGAGGGUGAGGUUUCCAUCUUCGAUUUUAAGGAAGCGCAUCAAAAUUGUGUAAAAAACAAAGCCUUGCAGUCCAUUUUGGCAGUAAGGGAGAUAAAGAAGAUUGAUGCAAUGAAUGCGGUAGAUCGUGUGUUUUCAAGAUGUUAUAACGAUUUAGAGCCAAUUGGUAGGAGGAUCAGACGAAAUUCGAAUGAUCCCUUCAAGGCUUAUGGUGAAGGACCUUAUUAUGGCUACGAUCCUAUAUAAACUUAUGUAUUUGUAGUGUAGAAUAAAUAAAAGUCAAAUUUUAUACUGUUA